AUGGAGAACGUGAUAGCUGCAAGGUGCGUGGCGCGAGAUUCGAAACAGCGACCACGGACCAAGUCCCCCCGCCUCGCCGCGAGGACGCCCCAUCGUGGACAUUGGUGGCGGCAGGAUCGAGGAAACUCCGAGCCAAGGCAGCCGAGCAGUGCCGGGGCCAUAAGCGGCAGCGCCAAUGUGGACCCCGUGUCCACCGCGGCGGCCCCGCCCGUGCCUGCCGAAGGCAGCAAACCCAACCCGGCCGCUGCAGGCAGCGCCGCCCCAGCAGUGCCGGGCGGGGGGGCUGGGACGGUGCAGGGUGCCGAGGGCGGCGUGGCCGUCGAGAGGAGGUCCGUGCCGUUGUCCACAGCCGUGGCCGCUCCCCCGGAUGGGACCACGUCCAACGGCGUGUACGUCCCGCCCGGGGCCAAUGGCGACAUGAAGCCCAUAGUGUCCACCACGCCGUUCAUGGACUUCCUAAUGCAACUAGAGGACUACACGCCCACGAUACCAGACGCCGUGACGGAGCAUCUUGGAGAGGCGUGGAGCCGCUCGAGACUACGAGCGGAGAACUGA